GAAGAGCAGAGGAGGGCGUGUGGAAGUAGAUGGACAGGAGAUGCACCUCGUGCCUACCAUCAUUGGCCGUUGCUGACUGCAGAAUCGGCUGACCCAAGGUCAUGAUGGCGUGGGAGGGCUACAAAGGGAAGGCCGGUCAGGGCAGCAAGGGCACACGACAUCCUUAAAGUGACCUAUCCCCACGCCCUCGCAGCCCCCUGAACCCCCCCAAUUCACCCAGCCCUACCUUCGGCCCUCUUCUCUUCCUACCUUGCCUACCCUCUCAUUUGACCGCCCAUCAUGAACGCUUCCAAGAUGACUGGCCAAGCCAUUCCCACCCUCAUCAAGGUGGACCCCACCAAGCCUGCCUACGAGCAGAAGGGAAUCCACAAUCGCUGGCACGACGAGAUCCCAGCCUUUGUCACUGUCAAGCCUGGAGACAUCUUCAAGCUCGAGGCCCACGAGUGGACCGGUGGCCAGAUUGGCAACAACGAUGACAGUGAUGACGUUCGCAACGUUGACCUGACUCGAGUUCACAACCUGACUGGCCCGGUAGACGUGGAGGGCACUGAGCCCGGGGACGUGCUGGUGGUGGACAUCCUGGACGUGCAGCCCUUCGAGGAGCACCCCUGGGGCUUCACUGGAAUCUUUGAGCGCACCAAUGGUGGUGGUCUCUUUGCGACCGAAUUCGACUCAAAGGCCGCCAAGGCUAUCUGGGAUUUCAAGGGAAUCUACGCCACUUCGCGCCAUAUCCCUGGCGUGCGCUUUGCCGGGUGCACGCACCCAGGUCUGAUCGGUACACGACCCUCCAAGGAGCUCUUGAAGGAGUGGAACCGUCGAGAGGGCAAGCUGAUCCAUGACCACAAGGUUGAUGGACAAGACCCGGUGCCAGCAGUCGCCUUCCCACCUGAGCCCAAGGGCGCCUAUGUAGGACAGGAUCUGCCCGACGAGGUCAAGCAGCGCAUUUACAAGGAGGGAGCAAGGACCAUUCCUGGCCGAGAACACGGAGGUAAUGUUGACAUCAAGAAUCUCUCGAGAGGUUCGAGGUGCUACUUCCCCGUCUUCACAAAGGGAGCCGGCUUGAGCUUUGGAGAUCUCCACUUCUCUCAGGGAGACGGUGAGAUGAGCUUCUGUGGAGCCAUCGAGAUGGCCGGUGUUGUCACACUGCAGGUCAGCGUCAUCAAGGGCGGUGUGGACAAAUUCGCCAUGACCAUGCCCAUCUUCCUUCCCAGCCCCGUGGACCCGCAAUACAGCGCCCGUAUCAUCUUCGAAGGCAUUUCCGUCAAUCUUCACACCGACGGUGAGCAAAAGAGCAUGUGUGCUACAACGGCCUACAAGGCCGCUGCACGCAACUGUAUCUCCUACCUCCAAAAGUUGGGCUACACUAGAGAGCAGGCCUACCUACUUUUGAGUGCAGCACCCGUCGACUCGCACGUGGGGAGCAUUGUAGAUUCCCCCAAUGCUGCCGUUUCCCUUUCGCUGCCCACGGCCAUCUUUGAUCGAGACAUCCUCCCGCAGGACGCUGGAUUGGAGAAGAGAGACUAUGGAAAUGCUGCACUUAGGUCGGAUGGAGUUAGGGGAAUCUCCGAAUAGAGGGAAAAGGGUCAAGUGACACUUGGUUUGAGGGUUUCAGCUAUGCUACGCUACGCGCUUCUGUGUGUGGGG